AUGGAAAAUGAUGCUGCUGAUGCUGAUGCUGCCGCCGCUGCCGAGGAAACGAAGGGGAAAAAAGUGAAAUGUAAUCAGCUUAAAAUGAUCGUGAAAACAAUAAUAUUUUCACUUUUUUUUGUAAUAAAAAUUCUCGCGAAUCCAGAUGCGAAAAGGUUAUACGAUGAUCUAUUAAGUAAUUAUAAUAGGUUAAUAAGGCCCGUUAGUAAUAAUACAGAUACAGUUUUAGUUAAAUUAGGCUUAAGAUUAUCACAAUUGAUCGAUUUGAAUUUAAAAGAUCAAAUUUUAACGACAAACGUUUGGCUCGAACACGAAUGGGUGGAUCACAAAUUUCGAUGGGAUCCCGCGGAAUAUGGUGGAGUGACAGAACUUUAUGUUCCAUCCGAACAUAUUUGGCUUCCGGAUAUUGUUUUGUAUAAUAAUGCUGAUGGAGAGUAUGUUGUGACGACAAUGACGAAAGCAAUUUUGCAUCAUACUGGAAAAGUUGUUUGGACACCUCCAGCCAUAUUUAAAUCAUCUUGUGAGAUUGACGUUAGAUAUUUUCCUUUCGAUCAACAAACUUGUUUCAUGAAAUUUGGCUCGUGGACUUAUGAUGGAGACCAAAUUGAUUUAAAGCACAUAGAUCAAAAAGUUGGAGAAGAUAAAGUAGAAAUAGGUAUUAAUUUAAAACAAUAUUAUCCGAGUGUCGAAUGGGAUAUUUUGGGUGUUCCAGCAGAAAGGCAUGCCAAAUAUUAUCCCUGUUGUGCGGAGCCUUAUCCAGACAUAUUUUUUAACAUAACCCUUCGUCGGAAAACUCUCUUUUACACGGUUAAUUUAAUCGUACCAUGCGUGGGAAUUUCAUAUUUAUCAGUUUUAGUUUUUUAUCUGCCAGCAGAUUCGGGUGAAAAAAUAGCUUUGUGCAUUUCAAUCCUUUUAUCACAAACAAUGUUUUUCUUACUUAUAUCAGAAAUAAUACCUUCGACUUCACUCGCACUUCCCCUACUCGGAAAAUAUCUUCUUUUUACAAUGAUACUCGUUGGUCUUUCCGUCGUUAUAACAAUCAUGGUACUUAACGUUCACUAUAGAAAACCGAGUACGCAUAAAAUGGCUCCUUGGAUGCGAAAAAUUUUUAUUAGAAAAUUACCUAAGCUACUAUUGAUGAGAGUACCUGAGCAAUUAUUAGCCGAUAUGGCAUUUAAUAGAAGGCUAAUGCGUGCGAAAAAUAGCAAAUUACAUGCAGCCGCAGCAGCUCAUGCGGCUGCUUCAAGCUCUGCAGCUUCUUCUCCAGAAUCCGUCAGGAGAUUGGGUGGCUGUAACGGUCUUUAUACAAACGCUUCCAACACGACUAGUGCCACGUUGCGUUUCAGCAAUCUCAUGGGUGCACUUUCUGGAAUAUCUGGUUAUAACGGUCUUCCCAGUGUUGUCGGAUUAGAUGGAAGCUUAAGUGAUGUUGCGGGUAAAAAAAAAUAUCCAUUCGAAUUAGAAAAAGCCAUUCAUAACGUAAUGUUUAUACAGAAUCAUAUGCGGAGGCAGGACGAAUUUGACGCGGAAGAUCAAGAUUGGGGAUUCGUUGCUAUGGUUCUCGAUAGAUUAUUUCUUUGUAUUUUUACAAUCGCGUCAAUCGUUGGCACUUUUGCCAUACUUUGUGAAGCUCCUGCUUUGUAUGACGAUACAAAGCCUAUAGAUAUUGACCUUUCACUUAUUGUUCGUAAUCAGUAUCUUCCUGAUCUUGACAAUUAA